AUGUCCCACUCGGCACCCCACAGCCGCCCUGUCUCCCCCCACCGACACACUCCCUCCCUGCCACUCCCUCCACGCUCCACCUCUCCUCCCCUGUCUCCCCGCCGCAAUCUGUACGGCCUUCCCCCAACGUACCUCCAACAUCUACGCGCCCUCCUUCAUCAGUGGCUAGCUCAGCAAGAGCUCGAAGGUGGCCCGGAGGGCAAGAAACUGUGGUCCGAGGAACGCUUGGCCCGGGUGGAAAGCGCUAUCUGGGAGGGUGCAGUGCUAACUGCUCCUGCCAAAGAUUCCCGCCGCGAGCGCGGGGUGCUGGAGCAAGAUUGGAAUGGAUGGGUGAAGGGAUCUACAAAGAGAAUACAUGCUUGGAAGGGUGAGAUGGAGGAGGAGGGGAGGCAAUUAUUAGCGGAGAAGCGAGCGAAGGAGGCUCAAGCUGAUAAGGAAGGCAAGGGAAAAGGCAAGACUUCUAGAAAGGCCUCCUCUAGCGAAAAUGACAGAGGCAGACUAGCCAUACCCGAACCUUUCAUGCCUGCCUCUGCCUCGACGCCAAGUAAACAGAGCACUCGAGCUUCAUCGAUUGCUUCCCUGGAAGGGUCGUCUCCUCUCGACACCACGCUUCUAAGCCGACUCGAACGACAUGCAGCCAGAAGGGAAGCAGAAGAAGAUCAGGAGGCGCAGGAUUUGGAAGAUUGGUGCAGGGUUGUUCGAAGCUUGAAAGGAUUCGUAAAGUUUACGACACCCAAGCGUGAAGACUGGGAAACUGUCAACGCCGAUUUGAUACCUAAGGGGACAGUACAUGGAAUCCCGGGAGCAUUCCCUCAAUCGGGCCACGAAUACCGCCAUUCCAUCGAUGUUCCAUCGUCUGUGCGAUCUCAUCAAUCACCCUUUUUCGAUCUCGGUCUUCCGAUUACGUCGACCACCCAGUCGGACCCAGCAGUCGAAGAAUUUGACAUGUUGAAACCUGUCUUCUGCUUACAUAUCCCUUUCGAAUCGGCGGAACGCCGCCGAAGCGAAGCAAGUACAAGUCAGACCACUCUUCGUCUGCGACGCGACCACUCCAUCUCUGGUCGGUCGACCACGAGUAUGGGGUCUACGAGGGGCAAAGGCUGGUUCUCCGGCUCCGGAAGUAAAUGGAGUGAUCUUCUGGGCGAUAAAUCGCAUUUCUAUGACGAAGACGAUUGGGGUAAUAUUGAAGUUGAUUUCGUCGAAGGAAAGUUUGCGCUCCCUUCCCAAACGCUUGGAUCCCCAUAUAAUAGUGUCAAACGGCGACGGUCGAGUCUGCCCUCGAGCGUUUCAAGACGCCAGUCUGUCUUCUCAGCUCUGGAGGCUGUGCCAACAUCCUUCUCUUCGACCUCCAGUUCACUCGCAAUACAUUCCCAAGCGAGUACUUCCAAGACGGACAGCGAAUCCGAUUCUGAUGAAGCAUCGUCGGUCCAGUCCAGCACACAGCAGGGGCACGAAUUUGUUGGGAUGCCUUACAACGCGAUCAUUAGCGGGGAAGAGAACGAUAUGCCAAAGGAGGCCGUCAUACGGGGCAAUAUUGGUUUGGUCGGUGGCACGAUCGUCAUUCGCGGUAUAAGACGAGAUGAGGAGAAGAAAGCAUUGGUGAAGGUUCUCAAGGCCCUCGUCUACACCAUUGCCACCAUGACUCUCGAGCUCGACCUGCUCGACUCGUUCCGUAUACCUCGCGAGCAAGAUGAGCCACCUGUGCUUCCCAAACCACCGACCCCUCUGUCUAAUACUCCAAGUGAGGGUGACCUGUCUCGUGGUGUCUCUCCACACGUUCCGUGGACGGAGAGACAGUCGAAGAGAGGUUUCUUGUCUAAAUUGACCAGAGACACAAAAGGUGUUUGGAAAGGGCUCUUGGGACGUACCAAUUCUACAAAAUCUCGUGACCAUUCGAGGCAACACCCCAGUCCCCUUAUUCACCAAAUGGACCUUCCAUCUAGCCCAUCAUUGCUGCCUUCUCCGACUUCAACCGAAACACCACUUGAGCCACAGGAUGAUACUCCAUCCCCUUCGAAUCUGCCCCCAUAUCUUAUGAACGGCCCCAUUACGAAUUCAAAUAGCCACCAUCUACAAACACUUGGGCUACUGCGUGAAAUCCUGCCGUCCACAACACCGGGUCUCAAAUACCCUAUGCCUUCUAUCCUGCUACGACUUUUUGACGAGGAUCAAACUCGUCGAGCAAAAGCACAAGUUGAAAUUGAUGGAGAAAAUGAUUCCGCCAAUGCGAGCACGAGCACUUUAUUCCCCGGACCCCAUCCCAUGGCUCGCGACGGUCCAGACCCUAUACGAGGGCGAGCUUUGGCUUAUCGACUUGGUGGAGAUGUACGUUCAGGUCUCAACUCUCUUGCUUCUGGGCUAGAGACCUUUGAUGGCUGGAUAAGGCUUCAACGACUCUCCACGCUGUAUUGCGUUGGGUUGAAUUACCUUCCCAACACAGAUGACCGGGAGGAACCGAGCGGCUCUGUCAUCUGCCAGCCUCCCAAAUUGCAGACCUUGUCCGAUGACGUGACUAUCACAGACUAUCUUAUGGGUCUCUAUGACGAGCUGGCAGAGGAAAACUUGCUUUGCCCUAGAGUGGGAUGCGAAGCCGAAAAUAGCGAGCACGUACGUUGGUUUAUACACGGCGGCACCAAAGUUGGCGUUCAGAUUGUUGAAUGCCACGCUGGACCUGAAACGCAGGCACAAGGAGAUGAUAUAGAGACUUGGUCCAAGUGCGACAUGUGCGGAUCAGAGAGCAGUCCCAGACGACUCAGUGAUGGUGCCAGAGCCUAUCCUUGGAUAAAAGUGCUUGAGUUUCUGAUCUAUACCACCGGUCUUCAAUCAUCUAUCUGUCCACAUUCCUCGAUACCCUUUGUGCAAGCACAUUACUUGCGGACACCAGGUUUAGCUAUCUCGUUGGCAACUUCCGAAGUUUCACUUCUCGACAUGCGACUACCCAAGCUUCAGGUAGGACCUAAUGUGCCUAAACGCAAGAGCACCAAAGACAACCUUCUCAGAACCCCUGAGAAUCUAAACAGCUCAGAGCAAGAUUGUGACAACGCACUUAGAGGCUCUGAAGUCGUUUCUUUUUUUGACGCUCUGGAUUCAAGGGUUGCACUGCUCAGAGGGAGACUUGAAGCCGGAUACGAAGCUGGCGAAGAGCUACGACCAGAAAGAACGACACCGGACUUGCAAAAGAAACUAGCCAGCUUGGCCGAAGUUUCCACGACAUCCUCUGAGGCCAGACAACAGACAAUGUUGACUCUCGCUGCGGCACCAGCUAAGCCCAUCGAUGAGGCUCGCCAAUUCUUCACCGAAAGGAUCAGGGUUUCGCUCGGGGCGCUUGAAGAAUGGCAAAAGACCUACUUGACUCAGGACGGCCAAGAAGACGGACUGGUUGCUCUGAAAAGCUACUUGCCGGAUCACAAGAAGAAGGCUUCGAAAGAUUACGCUCUUCCCGGAAGUGGUGUCCUAGUCAAGGAAGAUCAGCCAGCCAGUGUUGUGGCUUAUACCCUUUCAUCCUUGGCAUAUUUUACAGAGUUGACUGCGUCGUCCAAAUCAACCGACGAAGCAUCUACACCCGAAACCGCUGCGUCUGUCAGCGCACCGGAGUCAAAGUCGUCCUCGAUGGCUGAAUGGAGUAUCAAGGUUGAGCGCCGAGACUCUCCCAGAGAUCUUCUAUCCCUUCGCUCUAUUGUAAAGAAACCUUCGGACGCCUCCUUGUCACUGGACAAGUCAAAAUUCGCCCCCCCAGCAGUGUCGAUCUCCAAUGCUGCCCCGUCUACAGAAGUCUUUACAGAGGCUGUAGAAGGCGUGAGCCAGUCUGCAGACAGGAUGGAAGAAAUUGUCAGGGCGAUAGAGAAGGCCACGGGCAACGAUCCCAUCUUGUCCAACAGCAUUAAUGGAUUGGUACCGAGCAGGAGAGCAAGUGUAUCGGAAAGUGACACAAGCAGCUUGUACAAGUCCCGAGCUUCGCCCCGCGGUCCCAAGUCAAGCGAUGCUCCACCGAGUAGCUUCCGGGGCAGCCGUAACCUGUCCACAUCUUCAGUCCCUCGCCUUCUCUCUCCUCAAACGCCAGUCUCCACACUUUCUUCCAAGACAGGUACUGCAGCGGCCAGAACGAUGCCUCCCAAUACCCGGGCCAGUAGUGCUGGCUGGGGUAGUAGCAUGACCUCGUCAUUUGCCAACUCUAUAUGGAGAUUUGGCUCCGAGGUGGGAGACACACUCUCGUCUAUACGUACGCGCCAUCCAGACCGGUCGCUUCAGUCACUUAUCGCUGGUCCAUUGGGCGGUAUGGAUACGUCACUUUCCAAUCUCGAUCCUCGACCACACCUCUACUUUGAGUACACUCUCCCUGACAAGCUGCGUCUGUCAUGUACAGUCUACUUUGCUACAGCUUUUGACUCGCUCAGGCGAAGGUGUGCGGUAGACAAGGCGCUGGUGGAAAGUCUCGAAGAGACAGAGGAGUGGAAUGCCGACGGUGGUAAAAGCAAAGCAGGAUUCUGGAUGUCAAAGGACAAAAAGUUCAUCGUGAAAGAGCUAGUGAGCAAGUGGACUGUCAGUGACAUGCAUGCUUUGCUGGAGAUUUCGCCAGCAUAUUUCAAUUUUAUGACCAGUACGCACAAUAGAGCUACAUCCUUGGCGAAGAUCGUCGGCUUCUACACAGUCACGAUCAAAGAUCUACACUCCGGUACCAAGAGGCAGCUGGAUUUGCUGGUGAUGGAAAACCUUUUCUACAGCCAGUCCAUCUCUCAAACAUUUGAUUUGAAGGGUAUCGAGGGCCGAAAGGUGGUCAAAAGGAAGACUGAAGGCGAGGUUGAAUCAGUCGAAGUCAAAGGUCCGGGAACACUUUUCGAUGCCGAUUGGCUGGAGAAUAUGCAAAACGAUCUGGUUCUGCUUCAACCACACGCUAAAAAGAUUCUUCUGGACGCUAUCGCCCUCGACACUAAGUUCCUCGCCUCCCAAUCAAUCAUGGACUACUCGCUCCUGCUCGGUAUCGACGACUCAUCGCGCGCUUUCUCCACAUCCGCAACUGCUGCUGCUGGUCAGCCUGCCGCAUAUGAAGAGCAAGUGGAAGCAAUGAGGCGGGCCAAGGACAAGACCUUGAUUGUGGGGUUAGUGGAUGCCAUCGGAAGUUUCAAUCUGUUCAAGACGAUCGAAAGUAGGGGAAAGAUGGCUCUGAACAGAGGGGGAGAUGUUACUGUUAUUCCUCCUGAUCAAUAUCGCGAGCGCUUUGAAAGUGCCAUGCGCCACUAUUUCAUUGCUUGUCCCGAUAAAUGGUCGAGAGUGUCUUCCAGUCCGAGGGGAGCCAAAAGGGGCCGGGCCCAGAGAGAGAGGAUGGAACUCGGCUCGAUUCUCUAG